GCCGCCGCCGCCGCCGCCGCCGCCGCCGGCUCCCCGCCGCCCGGGCCCGGGCCGGCCGCGCCGGGGGCCGCCGCGCUGCCGCCCGCAGCUCCGCGCCGGCGGGGCAUGAGUUAGUCGGCAGACAUGGACACCAAACAUUUCCUGCCGCUCGACUUCUCCAGCCAGGUGAGCUCCUCGUCCCUCAGCUCCCCGGCGGGCCGAGGCGCCAUGGCGGCCCCCUCGCUGCACCCCUCGCUGGGGCCUGGCCUUGGCUCCGCGCUGGGCUCCCCCGGGCAGCUGCACUCGCCCAUCAGCACCCUGAGCUCCCCCAUCAACGGCAUGGGCCCGCCCUUCUCCGUCAUCAGCUCCCCCGUGGGCCCCCACUCCAUGUCUGUGCCCACCACACCCACUCUGGGCUUCGGCACCGGCAGCCCCCAGCUCAACUCGCCCAUGAACCCCGUCAGCAGCAGCGAGGACAUCAAGCCCCCACUGGGCCUCAAUGGCGUCCUCAAGGUCCCCGCCCACCCCUCAGGAAACAUGGCGUCCUUCACCAAGCACAUCUGUGCCAUCUGUGGGGACCGGUCCUCAGGCAAGCACUACGGGGUGUACAGCUGCGAGGGCUGCAAAGGCUUCUUCAAGAGGACCGUGCGCAAGGACCUGACCUACACCUGCCGGGACAACAAGGACUGCCUGAUUGACAAGCGGCAGCGGAACCGGUGCCAGUACUGCCGCUACCAGAAGUGCCUGGCCAUGGGCAUGAAGCGGGAAGCUGUGCAGGAGGAGCGGCAGCGGGGCAAGGAUCGGAACGAGAACGAGGUGGAGUCAACCAGCAGCGCCAACGAGGACAUGCCGGUGGAGAAGAUUCUGGAAGCUGAGCUGGCUGUUGAGCCCAAGACCGAGACCUACGUGGAGGCGAACAUGGGCCUGAACCCCAGCUCGCCCAACGACCCCGUCACCAACAUCUGCCAGGCAGCAGACAAGCAGCUGUUCACCCUGGUGGAGUGGGCCAAGAGGAUCCCGCACUUCUCCGAGCUGCCCCUGGACGACCAGGUCAUCCUGCUGCGGGCAGGCUGGAAUGAGCUGCUCAUUGCCUCCUUCUCCCACCGCUCCAUAGCUGUGAAGGACGGGAUUCUGCUGGCCACUGGGCUGCACGUCCACAGGAACAGUGCCCACAGCGCAGGGGUGGGCGCCAUCUUUGACAGGGUGCUGACAGAGCUGGUGUCCAAGAUGCGUGACAUGCAGAUGGACAAGACCGAGCUGGGCUGCCUGCGGGCCAUCGUCCUCUUCAACCCCGACUCCAAGGGGCUCUCGAACCCAGCGGAGGUGGAGGCGCUGAGGGAGAAGGUGUACGCGUCCCUGGAGGCUUACUGCAAGCACAAGUACCCCGAGCAGCCGGGCAGGUUCGCCAAGCUGCUGCUGCGCCUGCCGGCCCUGCGCUCCAUCGGGCUCAAGUGUCUGGAGCACCUCUUCUUCUUCAAGCUCAUCGGGGACACGCCCAUCGACACCUUCCUCAUGGAGAUGCUGGAGGCCCCGCACCAGGCCACCUAGGCCCGUGCCAGCCCGCGUGCCGCCUGGCCGGGCCCGCCGGGACGCGGCUGCUCUGCCCGGCUCCGGCCCUGCCCCUGCCCUCCCCCGCCUGGCCUGCGUGGACCUGUGGGCGCAGUGUGUCACUGCCGCCCCGAGAUGUUUGCCAGCUCAGCGUCUUAGCACUGCUUGUCUCUGGCCCAGGCUGUGGCUUUUCCAGGGCAGCCGCCAGGGUGGCCAGAUCUGGUGAGACCCUGAGCCCCUCUCCACCGCUCCGUCAGGCACCCUGCUGUGGCCCAGGAGCCUCGGGCCCAGAGCUGCAGGCGCUGGGAGGGGCCUCGUUUUGGUCGGUUGGUGUUGCUGGUUCUGGGAAUGCCCCUCGUGUGCCCCUUGUGGAGUGAGCCGUCCUGUGCCCUGAGUACUGCAGCCUGGCCAGCUGUGAGGGCUGCCCACGUCAGGAGGAAGGGCAGGUGGGGCAGCUGGCAUCUCACUGCAGAAGACCCCACCUGCCCUGGGAGCCAGGAGGGGCCCCGGGGCCCCCGCAUUGGAGUGGCGGUGAACAGCCAGUUUUCCAAAGAUGAUUUGCAGCUUGGCCGAGACACCGAACACCCGCUGACCCCCACAGGUUGGGGCCUCCAGGUUUCUUCUGUCAUCGUGCUGGUUUCAGCUUCUCCCCACCUAUGUUCCCGUUCAGCCACGGUGACGGACCCUCGUGCCCUGGCCUCUCCCCUACCCCAGAUCUUCUCUUGCAGUCUGCGAGGUGGGCCCAGUCCCAGGCAGGGUGCUGUAUUACCGUCUUAGUGACCUUGUGGGCCGCACAGAGGCCAUCCUGUGCCCGUGUAGCUCUACUGCUUCAUGUGAGGACAGCGGCCAUCCUGAGGCUUCCCUGAGGGAGGAGAGGCUAGAGGCUGCCUGGCUUCCUCAGAGGGAAGCAGGAGGCAUCUGAGAUCCAGAGGAACUCCUGGAUGAGAGAGCCGUGUGGGUGGGCAGGGCAGUGUGCCCAGGAGCGUCCGACACCCUGUGGAGCCCCUGUGUGGAUUCCUUCUCUGGCCGGCUGGUUCUGUCUGGAAGAUUCUGCAGACCUUGCCAGGGCCCCCAGCACCAUGUCUGUGGACAGCAUUCGCCCAGAACCUUAACUGGGGGCUCCAUCUCAUACCCACUCUGGCGGAGGGCCCAGCCCACCCAGCCAGGCCCCCUCCCGCACGCCCUGAGGGGCUCCCAGGUGCGGCUGCUCUCAGGUUGGACUGGCCUCUUUUGCACUGUAAGCCCUGGGCCCCAGUACUGUGAUGCUCACGUCUCAGACCCCGGGGGCUGGGGAGGUGUCCCGGGGCACAGCCUCUGUUUCCCCCACCUCUGCAGGGGGUGCCUGUGCCCCUGGCGGGGAGGAGUCAGUUGGGUGGGGAGGGAGGGACUGGGAGAGGCUGAUUUCUAGGCCUCUGUCAGGAAGGCAGGAAGGGUGUGUCCAUUCCUUGCCUUCUGGGGUCCCCAGCCGAGGUACUUGGGCAGAGGUUGUGGUCCCUGUGCGGGAGGCAGAGGCCAUCAAAGAUUCCAGAAGCAUCUUCCCUUUGCUCUGUGUGUGUGCCCCCUCGUCAGCGUGGACGCUCAGGCACACUUGGGCAAACCUCACGCUUGUAGCAGGGCCGGCUGCUCCUCCUCCAGGCUUUAUCGGGAAGUCUUGGCAGCCUUUGGGACGUGGCGGGGACAGGCGGGGGUGUGACCCUGCUGGUCCCGCUCCUCACCCAGCUCUGUGCCUUCUGGCGCGCCCAGCAUUCACGCCACCCUGCCAUGUGCUCUGCUGCUCCUCGGGGUCCCACAGAGCACGUCGUGGCUGCCGGGAGGAAGCCCUGGGACGGGGUUUCCUGGGGACUUCUCUGUUUGGGGGCCUAGCUCUCUGUAAAGCACUGAGGCCACCUCCCGAAGCCAGAACCCCCAGCCCCCGGGGCCUGUGCAGCCUUGCCCACUGUCCUGCCAUCUCAGACUGUCCCAGGGGCUUCCUGUCCCCUUCUUAGUCUCACUGUCACAUCCUGUGCAUACAGUGCUGUUUGCAGGGGAUUUGUGGGAACGGCAAGUGGCCCAGGAGAGAGGCAGAGUUCAUCAACCAGACCUUUAGUAGUGUUACCAUUCUGGCCCAGUUAAGCUGACUUUUGUAAUUAUUAUUAUUAUUUUGGUGGGACAAUCUUUAAUUUUCUAAAGAUAGCACUAACAUCAGCUCAUUAGCCACCGUGCCGUGCCUGCCGUGGCCUGGCGGGGUGACGGCUGCCCCAUCUGCGGUUCCCGGCCACCCCAGGCACACCCUUCUGCUGUCACCUUCCUGCUUGGACAUUCAGACGGAGCACCGGCUGGGAAGCAAGGACAGCCACAGAGCCAGCUGUCUGCCAGGGACGUGUCGGCCAUCGUCACUCUGGAAGCAGGCGAUCUCUGGGGGAAGCUGGCCCCACACCGUUGGUUUGCCAAGUCAGCACUCCCAGGGACACGGGGCUGGCACCUGGUGACAGUGCAGAGCCCCCCGCCCACUGGGGUCUCCAGGUGCCAGUGGGUAAUCAGCUGACGUUGUCCCCAUCACGGACCUGGGGCGCGUGACCUGGCCCACGGACGCAGUGUGUGGCACAAGCCUGGAUGUGCUGUGCGGAGGCUGCGAGGGCCACGGGCAGCAGGAGCCGCGUCUGGUGGCCAGCUCUGUGUGGUUUUGAUUGACUCCCUGUUCUGUCAAUUUGCUUCCUGUGAGCAAGUGCUGAGGACCCGGGUGGGUGGUCCCAGUGAGCCCCCGAGGCGGGAGAGCAUCUAUUUUAAGAUGCCCCGGGCAGCUGUCCGCUCGUCCCAGUCUGGCUGCCUCAGCUGGACGUGUUGAGGCCUUCGCGAGGGCCACACAUCCGCAGAGAUAGAGGGUGUCUAGCGCGUCGGGAAAGGUAAAAGAAUCUAUUUUUGUACAAAUGUAAUUCUAUCCCUCAUGGAUGCUGGAAGAUGGGGCGGGGCCUGUUCUGUUUCUGCUCCUGGCGGUCUGGGCGAGGGGACCUGUGGGGACCUCCGGGGACGCGGGGCUGCUGUCCCGGGGAGCCCCUGCCCUUGGGAGCCACCUGUGACCCGGCUCCGUCCCUGGCGCGGCCUCCCCGUGACUCUGACUGUGAAGUUCUUCCCUGCGUCCCUGUUCUCUGAAACGUGGUGUCGCAGAUGCGGGGGUUCCACCGGCAGUGGUGUUGGAAUGGUGGAAAAGAAACAUGGAGACAAAGCGCGAGCGGAGAAACAAAGUCCGAGCGUCUCAGAACUCGCCUCUGCCGUCCUGUCUGUUCUGCGGGGCUUCCUGUGGGUCGGGGCCGCGCGUCCCCUCCCUCCUGCCUCUGCCCGUCUGGGUUGGGCCCAGGCGUCUUGAACAUGAGGCUCCCUGAGUUCUCCGCCCCGUGUCCCUGCUCUGAUGCUCCUGGAUGCAUGGCACAGCCUGUCCGGAGGCCUGGGGAGGGCGCCACCCUUGGCACCCAGGGCACCAGGGUGUGGAUAUGCCCGUGCGCUGCCAGCUUGCUGGUCCCGCCCAGCCCCUGUUCAUGCGGGCCGAGCGGGCAG